UGCUCCACAUCGAAGUUCCAUCUUACAACAUGAGGAAACACACUCUCGCCCUCUUCCUCCUGCUCCUCACCUUUGCCUCCCAUGGGGCAUGGUGCGCAGCAGCUGCGAGAAGCGCCAUGGCCGAGGAUGCAGCUCAUCAUCAUCUGACGCCUCAUCACCAUGGCAAGAGGUUGCUGGAGAUACAGACUCCCAGGAAGGUUGGGCACGCGACAGGUGGAUCUGGAGGGGGCAGCAGCGGCGCCGGCAAGAGCGGUGGCGGCGGCACGGACACAAGGCCACACAACAGCAAGAAUGGCGGUGCCAUGGCGCUGCCAACUCAAGCAACCUCCGUCCUGGCGCUGGUUUUCACCACUACCGUUCUUCUCUCGGCGCUCAGCUUCUGAAGUCCUAUACUCAUUUCGAUUGCGGGCACGGUACUAGUAUGUGUGUAUUGUUGCAGUUUCAUAAACUGUUUGCAUAAUGUUUGUGGGUAUCGGAGUGAUAUGCUGUUUGCUGGCUAUAGUAUUUAUCCUGUUUGUGUGCUUCCUAAAUUGUUGAAUUACUUGUGUUGACUAGCCA